AUGACCUUGACGUUCAUUCUCGGUUUCACGGCCGCAGCCAUUGUGCUGCAGGUCGUUCGCAUGUUCGUGAACUCAUGGCAACACUCGCGUAACGCCAAACGUCUAGGUUGUGGCGGCGUGCCACUGUACCCCUGCAAGGAUCCCUUCGGUAUCAACAACCUCAAGCAGUCCCUCGCGGCUGACAAGGAGAACCUCGUCCCUGAACUGGCUGAGAAUCGUAUCAAGGUUAUCAGCGAGCAGGAGGACCGUUACGUCACCACCUUUUCUAUUCGCAACUUGGGCCGCACCCACCUAUUCACCAUCGACCCCAAGAACAUUCAGGCUGUUCUAGCUACCCAGUUCAAGGACUUUGAGCUUGGCUCCGUUCGUCGUGAUAGCAUGCACCCCCUGCUUGGCACUGGUAUCUUCACCGCCGAUGGGGAAGAAUGGACCCGUUCUCGUGGCCUACUGCGACCUCAGUUCACCCGUGAGCAGAUCAGUCAGUUGGAUCUAGAAGAGGAGCAUGUCCAAAAGGCCAUGCAGGCGCUGCCUGUCGCGGCCAAUGGCUGGACCGCCACAACCGACAUCCAAUCCAUCUUCUUCCGUUUGACCAUCGACUCCGCAACUGAGUUCCUCUUCGGUGAAAGUGUCGAGAGUCAACUCGGUGCCCUCCACAACCGCAACAGACCCGAAGACUCCUUCGCCGCAUACUUCGACAAGUCGCAAUGGGUUUGCGCGCAGCGCUCCCGUUUCGAGAAACUCGCCUUCCUCGCCGAAAACAAGGAAACCAAGCACUCCGACAAGCAAGUCCACGCCUUCGUCGACAAGGUCGUCUCAAACGCCCUCGCCGCCUCCGCCGAAAAGAAGCCCGAAGACACCUCCUACGUCUUCCUCGAGGCUCUCCUCCAGGUCACCCGCGAUCCCAUCGAACUCCGCUCCCAACUCCUCAACAUCCUCCUCGCAGGUCGCGACACCACCGCCUCCCUGCUCAGCUGGACAACCCUCAUGCUAGCCCGCAACCCAGAAGUCUUCGCCAAGCUUCGCGAAACAAUCAUCACAACCUUCGGCACCUACUCCAACCCUCAAAACAUCACCUUCGCAGCCCUCAAAUCCUGCCAGUACCUGCAGUACGUCAUGAACGAGGUUCUGCGCCUCUACCCCGUCGUGCCAUUCAACCGUCGCAACGCAACACGCGACACAACCAUUCCCCGUGGUGGAGGUCCUGAUGGUCUUGACCCCGUUUACGUGCGCAAGGGACAGUCCGUCAUCUACACGACGCAUGUGAUGCAGCGUCGCAAGGACCUGUGGGGCCCCGACGCAGACCAGUUCAAGCCUGAUCGCUGGGCGAAUCGUAAGGCUGGCUGGGAAUAUAUUCCCUUCAAUGGUGGGCCGCGUAUCUGUAUUGGACAGCAGUUUGCGCUUACUGAGGCUGGGUAUGUGCUUGUGAGACUGUUGCAGCGCUUCGAUCGUAUCGAGGAUGUUUAUCCUGAUCAGAAGAUUCGGUAUGGUCUUACUUUGACCAGUGCGCCUGCUGAUAAGGUUACUGUGCGGAUGCACCAGGCUGAGGAUGCCUAA